GCAACGAGCCAUCGUACCACGUGACCCGCGAGAUCGCGUCCGUGCCGUUGAUUUUCUUGGUGUCGAGCGCGACUUUCCAACCCGCAACCUGUUGCGGCUUCACCGACGCAAGGCCGAUGGGAAUGUCAAUGCUAAUGUUCGUCGUCACGGCCCCCGGGAACGAGUGCCCCACGCGAAACACCGCGACAGUGUUGGCAUUGGGCGCGGCGACGGGGGGCAAAAUCGAAAAGUGCGCCGACGUCGACGUCGCCAUCGCGACGAGAGCGGCCAUUGCUGUGAACAAGUGCAUUGUGUCGGGGUGGUCGGAUAUACACAAGUGAUGACCAACAUAAUUCGGACCAUGGCGACUGGUCCCGUCUGUCGCUCGGGCGAGAGGUGGACGUCGACGUUGCCGGCACACCACACCACAGACGCAUGAAUCAGACGAGGGGUUCGAGGCGCCAAUGACUUGCCAGGACACGUCCCAAGGCACAGCGAGGCGGUGUGCUCGUUCUGAGUACACCCCCAAAGCUUCAAACCUUUCCCAUGCCCUGAAUAUGGUGCCAUCAGGUGCCAAGUGCCAUGAACUAGCGAGCACCAUCAUGUACAAGUCAAUUCAGCAUCACAUCCACGCGCUGGCGCUGCAGGACGACGAUGUGCCAACACACGGCGCAACCUUGGCUUCGCUGCCGCCUCCAUGCAUCGACGGCGAUGCUGCAUGGUCUUGGCCACGACCGUCGUUCGUUUGCAACAUAAGUACACGUUCACCGCGACAGCAGUGAUGACUCGAUCACAUCUCGCACUGUUCGCUUGCCGGGAUCGGUGCGACGUUGUGCGGUGGGUGUGGAGAGCCAAAACAGGGCCAAGGGCACGGACACCGGUCAGCGAUGUGUUUUCUCGACAAUGGCGAGGGAUCACGGCGCCAGGCAACUCGGUCGGCCAUCGUGACGCUUUGCUCGCUGGUUGCAUCGACUUGGGAAGUCGACGACGUGAGCUGUGGUCCAGGAAUUCAUCUGUUCCAGGCGCGGCGACGUUGCUGUGUCGCCGAGUCUAGACGGAACCACACAUGCUGUGGAUGUCGUUUGCAAUAGCAAGGACUGCAUGGUCCCAAACACGGACAACACUUUCGUGGACGUUGUAGUCCCACGUGGCGUUGGUUGGUCAUCAUGCGGUGCCCAUGUAGAAUGGUGGGCAUGUCAGAAGGGCGUAUCAAUUCCUUUGGUCCGCAUGAUUUCAUGAGGAGCCGCCUCUGGACCUUGACAGGUGGCGAGAGCCAUUCCCUGUGGCAACAAGUUCAAGCGACCAGCAUGACCAGUCGUCGUUGGCCACGGCCGUAUUGUUCGUACUCUUUUCAACAUUGUCGACGGCUCGACAUCACGAACGUGUGGUACGCGUUGGUCGCAAUUGUGGCCUCACAAGUAGAGGACAGUGAAUUUGGGGGUGGGUCGGCGAGCAUCCCCGUGGCGUCCUGCGUCGAUGUCCAUGCCAACGUGCCGUUGGGAACUGUGACUUGGGUCCACGGAAAACCAGCUCGACUUGCCGACUUGCUCGGGUUUGACGGAUGCAAUGCCCACGGGAAUGCCGACCGCGACGUUUUUCGUGGUCGCACCAGGGAACGAGUGUGGCACACGAGCCAGCAUCGUCAGGCGGCCGUCGUCGGAGGGUUGAGCGAGACAUGUGCCGACGGUACGGUCGUCGAGUGGACGACGUGCAUCAUGCAAACACACGCGGCGGUGUGGACUUGGCAAGACCGAUGCACACCCGCCAACGUGACAGCAAUUGUUGAACGGGCACGCGAUUUCGUGCCGGAUGCACAUGUCGUGACGAGCGAUUCCAACUCAAGCACGCCAAGGCAUGCCGGAGCGCUUGUCUACUGGUUCGUGGAGGAGUCAAAGUAGAUGCUGCCGAUGUCGCGACGAGCUAGCGGCGUGACCACGUUCUCUCGGACACGGGGUGAACGAGAUGUUGGCACUAAAUCGAUGGAUAUGGUCAU